AUGUUGGCGCCACAAUAUCGACGCACCGUAGCUGAUUGCUAUGAUCGACAUCGUCCCAACAUGCCGAAUACAGCUCGCCCUCCACCGAGCAUGAAAACGGAUAAUAGCGAUAACACAUUUCACGCAAGUUUGUCCAUGUUAGAAAAUCCAACACAAAAUUCUGCCGCUGCAUACACUGCUAGUUGGGUUAGCAGUACUUCCAGCAUUCCGCCUGAGCUAAGGGAUGAGCCUGAGGUUCCUUCGUUCAAUGGUUCAGCUCAUAGUGGUUGUCGGGACGACCUCGCAGCUGGUGCCUCUGCAGUUUUUACCCCUCCGGUCAGUACAUUUGCUGAUCAGUUCAGCAACAUAUCAAUCACUGAAAAGGACGGUGAAGUAUUGACUACGCAGUGGGAGGACUCGACAACUCUUGCGGCACAACAAUGGCCAGGUCUGGGCCAAGAUGGCGAUGGAGGAGGUGCUCAAGCGGGUCAAGGAAGACGUCGACGAACGGACGAUCGUGAUCGUCGUGCUCGUGAAUCACCUAAGGAACUAACAUGGGACGAGCGCAUUCGAAAAGGCGCUGUUCAGAAGGAGCGUGUCGAGCAGCGAGGUUUGGAAAGACCUGAGAGAACUGAGCGUGAUGGACGUGAUAACAAUUCUGGAAAAGGACAUCAGAAAGGUCAACGUGGCGGUCGAUAUGCAGCACCUGCUAGAUCUGAACGCAUGGGAAGAGAGCCCAUACUUUCUCCGAUUCCAGGGGUAUUUCUUUCUUUUUAUUUCCGUUGUUUUACGGCCUUUUUUCUUUUACAAUAA